CGGGGCAGUGGCCCCAGAUGCCAGUUUGCCAGCAGGGAGCCUGACGCUAGGAGGAGCCAUGGGAGGCAUCCAGCUUGCUCUGCUGCUCUUCCUGCUGGGCUGGGAGCGAGGCCUCAGCCUGCAGUGCUACAGUUGUACUGAGGACAUGGAGAGAGCGUACGGGUGCCAGCAGGAGCAGUGUCCCUUGACUGCCCAAGUCUGCUACAACAGUAAGAUGAGGGUCACCUUCAGCGGUGGAAUGAAAAGGAACCAGCAGUUCAAGGGCUGCGCCCCCUCCUGUAAGGAGGCCCAGGAUGCCAUGAACCAACUCUCACAGAUGUCCAAGCCAGAGAGCCCGAAACCGAAACCGGGUGAAGCCAUCAAGUAUGAAGUGCAGGGGGUGUCGUGCUGUGAUAGGGACCUGUGUAACGGGGGGGCCCUGCCCGGGCGCAGCCCCUGGGCCCUGGCGGGGGGGCUCCUGCUCAGCCUCGGGGCCGCCUGCCUCUGGACCCUGCUGUGAGCGCCCGGCUGGCAGGGAAAGCAGGGCGCCGUGCGGGGUGCUUCCAUGCCGCCUGUGCUGCGGCAAGUGUGCGGGCUCACCUGCGCAUGCGUACAUCUGCACCCGCACGCACACCUGGACCCGCACGCACACACGCACACGUACGCACACACAUUUGUAGCAGCACACACGCACGCACGCGCACAGGCUCUCCUGCACCCCCCGCCCCCACCAGCCUGCCCCGUUUUGCAAACACCAUCAGUUGACCACUGACCCAGGACGCAGGGGCCGCUAGUCCCGACAGCGCCGCCCGGGGUCCCUCCAACGGGGUGCCAGCUACCGAGAGAGAAUAAACGCUUUCCACACCCCGG